GCUUGUCACGUGCCGGGCCGUCACAUGACCCGCGCUCUGUCAGUUCGGGACGGCAACAGCCGGUUUUCCUUUGCUUAUUCCGCGGCCCCCGCUCGCCCUGGGGCUAGCACUCCCGGCCUCUCUUCCCCUCCUUUCCGUUCACACCCACGCUCCCGGACCUCUGCUGACCACGAGUCCCGGACCGGCUAUUGAAGAUCUGUUGAAAAAGUUCAAGACUACAAAUUUAGAUGACCAAAAUGGACAUCCGAGGUGCUGUGGAUAAUGCUGUCCCAACAAACAUCAUUGCUGCCAAGGCUGCUGAAGUUCGGGCCAAUAAAGUCAACUGGCAAUCCUAUCUUCAGGGACAGAUGAUUUCAGGUGAAGACUGUGAAUUUAUUCAAAGAUUUGAGAUGAAAAGAAGUCCAGAAGAGAAGCAAGAAAUGCUUCAAAAUGAAGGCAGUCAGUGUGCCAAAACAUUUAUAAACCUGAUGACUCACAUCUCCAAAGAACAGACAGUUCAAUACAUACUAACUCUGGUUGAUGAUAUGCUUCAGGAAAAUCACCAACGAGUUAGUAUUUUCUUUGAUUAUGCUAAGCGUAGUAAGACUACAGCAUGGUCCUACUUUCUGCCAAUGUUGAAUCGCCAGGAUCUUUUCACUGUCCACAUGGCAGCAAGAAUUAUUGCCAAAUUAGCAGCAUGGGGAAAAGAAUUGAUGGAAGGCAGCGACUUAAAUUAUUAUUUCAAUUGGAUAAAAACUCAGCUGAGUUCACAGAAACUGAGUGGUAGCGGUGGUGCUGUUGAAACAGGAACAGUCUCUACAAAUGAGUCUUCCCAGUAUGUGCAGUGUGUUGCUGGAUGUCUUCAAUUGAUGCUCCGUGUUAAUGAAUAUCGUUUUGCAUGGGUAGAAGCUGAUGGUGUCAACUGUAUAAUGGGAGUUUUGAGUAACAAAUGUGGCUUCCAACUCCAAUAUCAAAUGAUUUUCUCAAUAUGGCUGUUGGCAUUUAGCCCUCAAAUGUGUGAACAUCUUCGUCGAUAUAACAUUAUUCCUGUUCUGUCUGAUAUCCUUCAAGAAUCUGUUAAAGAGAAAGUAACUAGAAUCAUUCUUGCAGCAUUCCGGAAUCUUUUAGAAAAAUCAACUGAAAGGGAAACUCGCCAAGAAUAUGCCCUGGCUAUGAUUCAGUGCAAAGUUCUGAAACAAUUGGAGAACUUGGAACUGCAAAAGUAUGAUGAUGAAGAUAUAAGUGAAGACAUAAAAUUUCUUUUGGAAAAACUUGGUGAAAGUGUCCAAGAUCUUAGCUCAUUUGAUGAAUACAGUUCAGAACUCAAGUCAGGAAGACUGGAAUGGAGCCCUGUUCACAAAUCGGAGAAAUUUUGGAGGGAGAAUGCUGCAAGGUUAAAUGAAAAGAACUAUGAGUUGUUGAAAAUCUUGACAAAGCUUUUGGAAGUAUCAGAUGAUCCACAGGUCUUAGCUGUUGCUGCUCAUGAUGUGGGAGAAUAUGUACGACAUUAUCCACGAGGCAAACGGGUUAUUGAGCAGCUUGGUGGGAAGCAGUUGGUAAUGAACCAUAUGCAUCAUGAGGACCAGCAGGUUCGCUAUAAUGCUCUUCUGGCUGUGCAGAAGUUAAUGGUUCACAACUGGGAAUAUCUUGGUAAACAACUACAGUCGGAACAACCUCAAACAGCUACUGCAAGAAGUUAAAUAGUGAUGUCAAAUUUCAAAAUUUCCAACUCUCUAUACAGUGGCAUAACUGGAGUGUGAAUCUUAAUAUUUAGAUUCAAGAGUAAAUGAUUUUAUUUGUAAUAUUCACCUCCUGCUAUGCAGAUAUUUCUUCUCCCCAGUUUUCUUUCUUAAACUGUCUUCUGGUGAAAAUGAUUAUCUGUUACAUUGUAUCAUUUGAAUAAUUUUAACAGUUCCCUUUUAAAUAUCUAAUUCUUUCCCUAUCUGCAAAAAUAUAGCUGUUAAAUGUAUUGCCUUUGUUUUCUAUAUUUAUUGUUGUCUUGAAAUGAAAAAACUAUUAAAAGUUAUACAUUCCAGAGUA